GUUCAUUUUCGAUUCCGUAUGAAUGCGCUGGUGAGGGGCGCUGGUGCUAUUGAUCCCGCUUUUUCUUAAUGUGGAAGGAGUGCAUGAACAAUGGAUUGUCGACCGGUUAUUCUUAAACAGUUUCCCUCACGUUCUUUGAUUUUGAAUGUUCUGUUUGCAAAAAAGGGAGACUGCCGGAUUUCGUACACCUUUCGUCGUUUUGGAGUGUAUAGAGCGCUGACGCAUGAAUUUAGGAGAACCGCCGUUUUAGUUUUCAGUUUUGAUGGAUGAACAAUUAAACAGACGCAUUUUCCCUUAUAAAAUGUUGUUUCUAAGCCUUUUCUGCUGAAAUUACGUGGUCAUAAAUUAUUACGUUCUACGAGGCUUGGAGCGUAGUUCUUAUAUGCAAUAUACAACAUCGGUGCUGUCCUCUGUGGUUGUAGCAUGUGGCCGAGUAUGCUGAAUAGCAAUUCCUCAUUUGCUUGGUUGUGCACACACUAUUUUAUCACACGCAUGUGCUUGCCGACUAGUGCGUCAAGUAGCUUCUUGCAUAGACAGGUGUCCUAGUAACGUUCAAAAUAUGGAUACCAACGAAGGCCUAAGUGUCUAUCCAUUGCACCGUUGUAAAACUCUUCACCUGGUUAGACAUGCACAAGGGGUUCACAACGUAGCAGGCGAAAAAAACCAUGAAGCAUACAUGUCGUAUGACUAUUUUGAUGCACAACUAACCCCUCUUGGCUGGAAGCAGGUUGAUCAUCUGCGGGCGCAUGUUCAAGCAUGUGGUCUUUCCAAGAAAAUCGAAUUAGUGAUUUCUUCCCCCUUGUUAAGGACCAUGCAAACAGCAGCUGGAGUCUUUGGUGGUGAAGCAUACACUGAUGGGAUUGAUGCACCUCCUCUGAUGAAGGAAAAUGUGGGACAUAGUGAACAUGCUGCUAUUUCUAGUCUGAAUUCCCCUCCAUUUAUAGUGAUUGAGCUUUGUCGGGAGCAUUUGGGACUUCAUCCUUGUGAUAAGAGAAGAAGCAUUCAUGAGUACCGGGAUAUGUUCCCUGCAAUUGACUUUUCGCUGAUAGAAAGCGACGAGGACAUUUUGUGGACACCUGACAUUAGAGAGAAGGAUGAAGAAGUUGCUGGUAGGGGGCUGAAGUUUUUGAAAUGGUUAUGGACACGUAAAGAGAAGGAGAUAGCGAUUGUUUCUCACAGUGGUUUUCUAUUCCAUGCACUGAGCGCUUUCGGAAAUGACUGCCAUCCGACUGUGAAGAGUGAAAUAUGCACACACUUUGCUAAUUGUGAGCUGCGUUCAAUGGUUAUCGUUGACAGAGGUUUGAUUGGAUCAGAUAAGUCAACUACAAACUAUCCUGGCAAGAUUCCUCAUGGCCUUGACAUUCCUAGUGAUAUUGCUGACGACAAAAAUACAGGGAAUGGACCGAGCCAGUAAUUGUUCUGAGUGACAACGUCAUGCAUGCAUAAUGCAAGUUAAUUCUGAUGCAUAAUGUAUUAAUUGCAUUUAUAGGAAGAAACUAUGUCGUCAUUUUUUCACAGGAUUUAGAAAAUUGGAAAUCUCUUUUGGGCCAUCUAGAGUAUUGGAAAUCUAGGUGCCGAAAUUUGAACAUAACAGGGAUGCAUGUAGACCAUAUUUUCUGCAUGAUUAACUUUCAAUAAAAUACUCUUAAAUUUUUAUGUGUGGCGAAUA